AUGAAUAUGAAUCCGGCACAGAGUGAGCCACCCGGCCAAUCAUCAAAGGAUGCAAUAAAAAGACGUUAUGAUGUGGAGCGAUCAUGCAUCCGCUGCCAUGAACGCAAGGUACGCUGUGAUCGGGCCAAUCCAUGCUCUAAUUGUCUUCGUGCCAAGAUUCCUUGCCGAUAUCCUGGUCCUGAGCGGGCCAAACGCCGAUCGCAAAAGCAACCCUCAGCCAAAACGGACCAAUUUGGUCCUCGGCUGGCCAUGCUGGAACGCGCCAUCGCUACACUUACUCAACAAGCUUCAUCUGGGGACCGUGAUAGGCUUGCUCAUACUGUGACCUCUCCGAGUACUGCUUCAACAGGGCAGACUCCUCCGGAGAAUACUACAAAUACUCAUGCAUCACAUGGAUCGCCUAAUGAAGGCCUUCUUGUGAAAGAAGGUACAUCCACCCGUUACAUGGAUGAAUCACUUUUCAUGCAGCUUCUAGAAAAGGAGAGUGAGCUUCGUUCUGCUAUUGAUAGUCCAACGAGCUCCGAUGCUAGUAUGCGAGCUUCCUCGAGCUUUGAUGGUCUUAUUUCAAAGCCCCAGGGAUCAAUCGACAUCACCUCUCUAUACCCAUCAAUCGGACAGGCUCGCCAAUUAUGGCAGAUCUAUUUGAACAACGUUGAUGCGUUGGUAAAGAUCCUCCAUGUACCAAGCAUACAGCCUGUCAUUUUUGCUACUAUCAACAAACCCAAAGAAGCUCCCGCUGAUAUGAACGCCCUUAUCUUUGCCAUUUUCUUCGCUGCGGUAACAACUCUUGGUUCUGAGGAAACUCAGAUGAUUCUUGGAUCGAGUCGACAUAGCGCUGUGGAAGCAUACCGACGUGGUCUGGAAGUCUCUCUACACCGAGCGUCUUUCUUGGACUCGCCAACUCUGCAUUCCAUACAAGCAAUGGCAAUCUACCUUAUGUGCUCUCGACAUCAUAAUGGUCGAUCUGGGUCCGCGUGGAGUCUGAACGGAAUGCUUAUCCGAGCAGCCCAAUGGAUGGGUCUACACAGAGAUGGCGCACAAUUCGAUAUAUCACCAUUAACUUGUGAAAUCCGACGACGGCUAUGGUUUGAAAUUCUUGCAGCAGAUGGACGGGCUGCAGAAGACCACGCCCUUUCAUCCAGUGGGUUCAACGGAUAUACUGAUACGAAGAUGCCCCUGAACCUGGAUGACCGAGACUUGACUCCCGACAUGAAAGAGAUGCCGGUAUCAAAGGCCAGCUGGACCGAAAUGACACUAUUUCUCGUGGUCACAGAAAUGAAUCUCGCCAUGCAACGCGUUGCUCGACUCUCCGCGGCUGUGCAGAACGAGCAUGAGCGGUUGUCCAACCUGGAACAGUUUCUGGAAAGGUCCAAAUCCCGCAUUCAAGUGCAGUAUAUGCAGUACUGCGACCCUAAUCUCCCACUUCAAAAAGCAACACUAUGCCUUUGUCAUGUGUUCUUGGGCAAACUUGAAGUCUUUGUCCGUCACCAAUAUCACCGGGGUCUCAGUCCCGAGGAAUCAGCCGCUCAGAUGAAGGAGGAAACGCUAGUCCUAGCUUGUGAAACCAUUGAUUUCGGCAAUGAGCUGAAAACAGCUGAGCUCUUGAGUAACUUCCAAUGGCUUUUUGCAACAUUCAGGCAGUAUCAUCUGCUGACAUACACUCUUUGGCACCUGUGUAUACAACCUGGAACUGCCUACGCCGACCAAGCCUGGGAAACUGUUCACUACACAUUCCGCUUAGAGGAAAAUCCAAACUGGCCACAUCCAGGAGUCAAGUGGAACGUUUUGUGCAAACUUCGCGACAAAGCAUAUAACAUUCGAUCCGCUUAUUUAGCCGCUAGGAUGAACCAACCUGUUCCCCAACCAUUUGGAGCACCACCUGUGGACGUUGAUCAGCCAAGCAAUUUUCUGGAUCUGGAUUUUGAUAUGUUGGGAGAUCUUGGUUCGAUCUGCUUUCCCAACUGGGGCUCAACAGACAUUUGGUCAAUGGGACCCUUUGAAUGA